AUGGGGCAAAAACUCGGUUUUGGUUCUGGCAUUAAAAUCAGACAAGAGAGGGUUUCACUGUCUUCACCAUUUGAUGACUUACCGGUCGAUUGCAUCGCUAACAUAAUCUCUCUUACAAGUCCGCGGGACGCGUGCGUUGCAGCUUCGGUUUCGAAAACCUUCAAGUCAACGUCCGAGUUCAAUAGCGUGUGGGAGAAGUUUCUUCCACCGGAGUACUCAUCUUUCAUUCUUGGAUCGCAAGUUUUCACGUUAAAAAAAAAGCUCUAUCUAGCUUUGUGCAACGACCCUGUUCUUAUCGAAGAUGGACAAAAGAGUUUUUGGUUAGAGAAAUCGAGUGGGAAGAGGUGUAUCUUGUUAUCCGCGAGGCAACUUGCAAUCACAUGGGGAAAUUCUCCACAGUAUUGGCAAUGGAUCUCAAUACCUGAAGCUAGGUUUAAAGAGGUACCGGAGCUUCUUGAUGUAUGUGCUUUCGAGAUCCGUGGUUGGAUGAAUACUCGAAUCCUAUCGCCAAGAACUCAUUAUUCGGCUUACGUAGUGUACAAGACGAGAACUGGAUGUCAUGGCUUCCGCGAUUUGCCUAUACAAGUUGGAAUAGGUUUCGUGGGACAAAAAGCUACUAAAAGAUUCAUAUGCUUUGAUGAGUCUGCAGAUAGAAUAAAAAGGUGGGGAAGGAGGGAGCUAAUGAAAUCAAAGGAGAGACACGAUGGAUGGAUAGAAGCAAAGAUUGGUGAUUUUUUUAAUGAAUUUGGUUGUGAAGAAAUUGAACUGAGUAUUGUAGACAUCACGUCUCCUUAUUGGAAGCGUGGAUUGAUCAUUCAAGGAAUUGAGUUCCGGCCUGUUGAAAAGUGA